AUGAUAGGAGACGAAGAGACGGAAUGGACACAGAUCCUAGCAUCCAUAACCGCAUGGGAAGGGCAGGUCUUAGCAGCAAAACGGCGCCUUAACGAACUCACACCCGCUGGAAAGCUUCCCUCGGAGGUACUCUCGAAAGUGUUCAUGCAUCAGUCCGCCGGCUGGUACACUGGGGCCAAGAGUUGGAUUGGAGUUUCACGCGUUUGCCAUCGCUGGCGCGAAACCGCCCUUAACUACUCGGCACUCUGGGGCCAGAUUACGACGCACACAUCAGAGUGGACGCGAGGGCUGCUGCUGCGUUCCAAGCAAGCUUCGUUGGACGUCCGUAUUCCUCUUCAUUGCUUUUCUGAUGUCGAGGAAGAAGACAUCGUCCUCCUCCUUCGCGAGCUGGGUCGCGUGCGGUCUUUCGAUUGGGACUUUCACUAUCCCCUCAAAGAUCUCGAUAUCUCCAAAGUCGGACCUCUCUUGCAUUCCGUCUCCCUUCGCGGUUAUAGAAUUCCGGAAUAUACAAGCAGUCUCUUCCAACCUACUCUCACUCAUCUGAAGUUCCGCUUGAAACGUCGUAUGUCAGAAGUUGUCGGCUGCACUAUGCAACGGGUGUUCGACAUCCUUCGGACCAUGCCUCAUCUGCAAUCGUUGGAACUCUCCAAUGUGCUCCCCGCUGCCGACGGGGCUGAUUUCGGAGCAGACACGCGCACUUAUUUCCCACACCUGCGCCUUCUGGAUCUCUGUGCGCCUGCGUCAGCUUGCCAUCUCUUGGGACACAUCUCUUUUCCCGAAGGUACCAACGUCUCGAUUGAUUUCUCAGACGCUGAGCUGGACCGCGACGGUAUGAAGCAGAGCAUGUAUUUGCUCGCGUCUAGGAUCGCCCCGGCCGCCAGUUUCGAGGGCCCUGUACAGCCACUACAGUCGUUCUAUUAUGAGAGCAGCGUCGCUGAAUUUUGGGCCAUAGGUCUAAAUCUCGAUACUCUAUUAAUACGCUGGGAGGUUCAUCCCACCAAGCUUCAAGGCGUUCAUCGCGUCCUCGCAGUGCGGGCGGAGAACUUGCUACAAGAUGCAAACUUCUUCGAGAUGAUCUGUCAUUAUCUACCCCUGAUGAUGUUGAGCUCAGCUCUCAUUGAUAUUAGACACAUGAAGGACGAGCAGUGGCGAGGCGCCUGUGAGCGUAUACCCUACCUCCGCAAGCUCGGCGUCAUCGGCCCUCCCUGGUCCCACGGGCCCGUCAUCAAGUCGCUUUCAACAUCUGCAACUGCAUCGGACGGCUCGCACUGUUCGCUUCAUCGCAAAUGUCGGCUGCACGCCUUCCCGAAAUUGGAAGACGGAAAUGCUCUUCUGGACGCGUACGUCAAGGCGCUCCGAAUUCGCAGUGACGCAGGGCACCAGCUUUCUCACCUAGACGUAGUCAAUAAUCUCGGCAUUUACCUGGAUGCUGGCACCGUCCGGAUCGUAGCGAAGGAAGUGCGCUAUGACGGGUGCCUGAUUUCUUGACGUUGCUAACACUGGAUCCGGAUGAC